AUGUCUCAGGACAGCCGCACCCCGUUGGUUGAAGACACGAAAUCUAUCGCCACGGCCACCCAAACUCAGAUUGAUGGUUCACCAAAUCCUAACUUUGGCAUCGCUGCUGGCAGAGGCGGCGGUACUGGCUCUGAUGGCGGGUCAAGUCGGAGUCUAGACAAGCGCACAGAAUUCCGUCAACGUGUGGGAAUUAGGCCCGAAACUGAAAAUACUGACGAUUCACUUGGUUGCCAAAAAGGCGAUAUACCCGACCAAUUCCUCUUCCGCAACCGCCUAGAAAAAGCCUACAAUGACCAAACUCGCUUCUAUUACAUCGUCAUGAGCGUGUCGCACGGCAUGCUCUGGCUUCAAAUCGGCAUUGGGGCCACCGUCACGGCUCUAGGGACAACGAACUCCAACGCCGCGAGAAUCGCCAUAACCGUCCUCGGAGCCAUCAACACCGUGAUUGCAGGGUUUCUGACCUUCCUGAAGAGUAGGAACCAGCCGAACAGGGCGUUACAAUUCAGAAAUGGCCUUCGAGGCGUGUACGAAGAUCUUUGGCAAGUUGAUGCCGAGAUGUUGAGCGGCAAGGACAUCAACGUGGAUCAGAAAGUGGAUGAUCUGUGGAAGAAGUACAAGGAAGUAACCGCCGAGGCGGAGGCAAACUACCCUGAUCUGUGGGUCAGUCUGGGUAAAUUAAUUAAGCCCACGGACGCGGACAAGCAUCCGAGCACGCAAUUGAAGGACGUCUCCCCGGAAGAGAGGGAGAACGGUGAGCAGAAGAGCGACCCAAGUGCGACCCUGAGCGACCCGCUCGUGCUACCCAAGACAAGGCCGUGA